UUCCCGUGAGCUGCCAGUCGACUUGUGUGGAAGGCUCAAGUGACAGCGCGCACUCCCGAUGAGUUCUUACAAGCUUCUUAGAUCAACUGAGUAUGUGCAACCUAAUAGGGUUUAUCCUAAUAACACCAAGAACAGCCUUACAAUAGAACAGUGAUGCUUUCCUCCCCGUCAGUGAGACAUCACCGAAACUGCACGAGAGAAAAGUGAAAUUAAACAGUGUUUAUGGAUGUCUUUGUCAUACAUGAAAGUUCUCUUGUGGCCCACGCCAUUGUGUUUCAGUGUAAGCUUUCAUUAUACAAAUAUGAAUUAUUCUUUCAAGGCCAGAGACUUUAAAUUCAUACCCGUUGACUAUUACGAAGCUCCUGUCAUUUCUGGGAAACUGAGUUCAACUUAUGAUAAUUAAUUGUGAACGUUGAAUUGAAGGAUGGCUCAGUCAGCGCUGGCGCUGGUAGGGAGUUCAGUGCACAGCGGGAUACAAGGAGAGGACCACCACUUGUUCAGAGUGUACAAGGCUUACGCAUCUGAGGCUCGGCUGGCCCUGCUUCAAGUGCUUAGCUGGGGCUGCCCCAAACCUCCUUCUCAAACAUUUGAUCAAUAUCUAUUUGCAUCCGGCCGAAGCCGCGCCUUAUACAGGAAAGUCUUUGAUGGUCAGCAACGAGAGAAGAUAUCAACCAAUCCUUCAGGUGACAGGUUCGAUGUUUCUCUACUGUUCAAGAUGAUCCAGCAGGCAUGUCACUCUCUGGCACCCCCGGAAGAUGAGGUGUGGACCACCCCAGACCCCACACGCCUGGAAUACUUGCUGACAAGGAUCAAGAAUGCACGCAAUACUCUAGUGCACAAUGUCACUACUACUACACAAGAGAAAAUGGUGGAAGAAAUUGAAUCUCUACGAGACCUUCUGACAAAAGUGGUGAAGAUCAGUGGAAUUCUAUACUGUGUUAACAGCGGCUUGGUGAAUCAGGUGUUGCGUCUCAUUCAUUACAACCUGAACAAUAUCCGCGACCAGCCCUUCGCCCCUCUGGACCUGCAGGAUUACGGCAACCACUUGGUGUUCGACAGUCUGAAAGCUACCUUGUGUCUCAACGGAGCCCAGGAGUUAAAGCAGACAUACAACUCCAAGAAAUUCCUCAACCCUAUCUCCUUCCUUGACAAAAGCGAGUGUCACUUGCAAGUGGGAGAAGUGUUUACAUGCUUAUCAAUUCAAGAUUUGAGGGCUUGCCCUCGCAGUCGCCCCGUCCAUUGCAAAGAGCUGCUGGAACUCAUGGACACCGCGACGUGCGAUUCGGAGGGCAAUUGUGAAAUCCAAAACCAUUCUUUAUUGAUUCUCGAAGGCCAACCAGGCUCUGGGAAGACCACCUUGCUCAGGUUCUAUGUGUCGCAUUGGAUUCAGGGCGGGGAAGACAUCAAAGGACUCUCUGAUUACGAUCUGGUGUUGCACUUUGAGUGUCGCGACACCUGCAUCGACUCCUUCACUCAGUUGCUGCUCUCUCACAUGCCGCAAACCACUUCCAAGUUCCGCAAGAACGAUCUUAUUCACGUGUUUCAAAGUCUGAAGGCCAUGGUUCUUAUUGAUGGCCUUGACGAACUUAAUAUAGCUUCCCAGAAGGUAGUGAGAGAAAUCUUACAUUUGAAGAGUUCCUGUGACCUCACUCUCAUCUGCACCUCGAGGGCAGAAAAGAUCAGGGAGGUGCACAAGCUAGUGUCCGGUAAAGUAAAAGUCAUCCACAUGAAGAUACUUGGAAUUCCCAUUGAAAAUAGAGAGGAGUUUGUACAAGUAUACCAUUGUCAAUUGAAAAAUCACGGCGUUCCACAGCAGAACAUCAAUGGCUUACUAGAGUACUUGCGUGAAGUGCCGUCACAUCUACAGGAUUUUUUCAGGUUUCCGCUUAAUCUAGUCCUGCUUACCUUUUUGUGGGAUGGUGCGCACCUUAGAGUCAGAAAAAUCAACUCCAUGACUACGCUCUAUCUCGAAAUCCACAGACUUAUGAUAGAAAAGUUUCUCGACAGACUGACAUACCAUCCCUCCACGCAGAAUCUGUCCCACGCCAACCUGGCCACCAAGUGUGAAAGCUUCCGAGCAACCCUGUACGAGGAAGCAUUGCACGGCCUGGGUAUGGGUACAGUGUAUUUAGACGAGAGAGGAACAAAGAGCCUGAGAGAGCUCUGUAUUAGUUUGGAUCUUCCUAGAGAGGAAGUGUUCUCUGCCUUUUUAGUAGCAGAAUCUUAUGACCACACUCUUGGUCUUUCAGAGAAGGUGAAAUUCCCACACAAAGGAAUCCAGGAUUUUUAUGCGGCUAUACACGUAACCUCCCUUGUGAAAGAAGGUCCUUUUCCUGAUCUAUCUCUUUUUUUAAGUAAGUUAGAUGAACUGAAGAAAGAGUUCCCGGUGCCGAGCUUUGCGUGGCGGCAAAUAGUGAAACACACUAAAGAACUACUCAGCAAACCAGUCUCCAUACGUAGCGUCUUGCUUGAGUUCCAGUCAGAGAGUCAGGAUAUUGGCAGGUACCAAAACGUGAUUUGUCACAUGGUUAAUCUAUUGCACAGCUGUGAACCGCGGUCCCUCGAACACUACGCAGCAGAGCUGGUGACUCUUUUGGACGAGGCUAAAGGAAUGUCAUUCGAACAUUGGGUCGACAUACUGAAGGAGAGCCAUUACAACCCAAUGCUGGCUGAAAAGAUUUCUAAAGUGCUGCCUAAGUUUUCAUGGACAGUGAGGGACCAAGACGUGAGAGCUGCUGCUGCUUUCCUGAAUCACAACUGUCCCUCGCAGCUCACUAUCGACGUCAUGAAUGACCCCAACCAGCUACCACACUUGCAUGAACUGCUGCAAACUGCUGCCACCUGUACCACUUGCAAAGUAUACAUUUUUUUCCACCAUCACUGGCGUCACCCGGAAAAAGAAUCCUCCAAUUCCCUCCUGUUGAAGCUGUUACCCGCGCAGCAGGAGAAUGAGCAUCUUGAGUCUCCUGGCUCCCCAGCAGACCCCUCCUCAGACUAUCUAAGAGAUAUCAAUGGCCCGAAGAUCUGUCUGAUGGAAUUGAUGGGCCAUUUCAAUGGACAGGCUGUUCAUAUGCUGCCCACGUCCAUCAAAGAACUUCGUCUGGCCUUGGCUGACGACAACGACGCCCUCGACUGGUUUCAUGCUCUUCCCAAACUCUCCCACAUGCUUCCUUCCCUGAGGAACAUCUGGAUACAUGUCACAGGGAGCGUCAGUCCAGACUUGCUCCCCAUUCUGCCACAACUCCUUUAUCGCCCUCGACUCUACUUGUCCAAUGUGGGAGACGAUAACAUAUCGUGGGCGAGCCGAGUGGCCCGCGCUCUUCUGCAUCCCUAUUCGAAAUAUGCCAGUGUUGGAUUGGUCCGCAGCAGUCUCAGCAGCCGCGGAGUGAGUCAGCUGGCCGAGCUGCUGCACCACCAGGACGUGGGCGUGUACGCCGGGCGUGGGGGAGGCCUCCUGGUGGCCUCCACUCACCUCUCUCAAUCUGAUCAGGACGUCAGCGAUUCAGUUUUUCACCAUCUCAACUGUUCCCUCACACUGCUGAACGACGAUGAGAUCUGGAAUGACGAGUCCAUCUACGAAGAAGUAUACGAAUGCCACAAUUACGAGAACAUGUGUGGCGGCACUGACGAGGCACAAGACACCUGUAGCCACAGUACCAAAUCAGAAGCCAUAUAUGAGAGUAUUUUACCAAAUCAAGCAGAAGCUGUUAACUCAUAUUCCCACAAGAAUGCUUCGUCUUAUCUUGACGACUCAGAGAGUGAGAAAAACUCUGAAUACUUGUCAAGUAUAUACGAGGACAUGAAACAAGUGACGGGAGUAAGUGCGUCAUCAUCACCAGCAGGACGCCCUUCACUACCAGCUCCAGUGCCACGAAGCGACUACUUUCCUCAGACCGAUCAUACGCCAAUGCCAGCCAGACCCCCGUUGCCGCUACCACCAAAAGCUGAAAGCUUAUGUCCAAAUGCUGAUAAGAACUUUGAAUCCUCAUUAGGUGAAUAUGUCAACUUGUCUGAAUGCGUGAGUGGAUCAAAACCGCCACCGCUGCCGCCACGUUGCAAAUCGUCAAUAGCUACUCCUGUGUCCAGCUUUUUCCACUACAACCGGCUGCCAAAGUUUCAUACCAAUCCCCCUCCAAAACCAUUAAUUUCAAGGUAUUCUAUUAACAGCAUUGAGUCCAGACGUUCACUAACAACUCCUACUGAAGUUUCGAGUUCACCAAAGGUGCUACAAUCAGGCCCCGACAACCUACACCUAAAGGUAGAAACGGACUCAGUGAAGCCAAGCCCACCAAAAUACUUCUUUCCGCCGCAUCAAAAUUUACCCAGUGGCUUCAGGCCAUCACGUAGCUCACUGCCAACGUUAUUCCCCUCGUCUAGUUCACGUAUAGCAGUGGACCAUCUUUCAUCACCUGGAGUCAUCACACAGCCACCUAGCUUUACAGACUUUCACCUUCACAAAAAAUCUUACAAGGGCAAGCCAGUACUACCUUGCCCCCUCACACCAAAACUCACGUCUCUCUUACCAAACGGUGACUAUAAACGAUUGUGUAACAAUAACUAGUUUCUAUUUGCUGUCAAAUCAUGAUUAAGGACGAGUUCUUCAGUAGGAACAGAUAUGUGACAGAAGCUCGCACGCUCGCACUAACAAGAAUGAGUCUUUUUAUAAUAGCUAUGCUGACUCGCUGACACCACAUCCUGAAUAAAGCAUCAGAACCUUACUUGAGGACUCACACCAUACUUCACAAAACUACAAGUCCAACUGAACCCUUCUCUCCUAAGAAAUAUCGCCACAUAUAAGAGCAAGUCCUUUAUUUCUCAAGAUUUAGAAUUUAUUAGUGGACCACAGUAAAAUGUUGUAUCGGCUACUGUCUAAUAAUGCCUCCUGUAGGUAUUUGUUAAUUGCACACAAGCGACGUGCAUGUGUAGGCUGCUUAAAAUACUCAGCAGAAGUGUAUAACUAUCGGUAGUAUGUUUUGGUGUGUUGAAAUGUUGAGAUUAUAAUGAACCCAGCCAGUAUUGUUUGUUUUGGUACUGUCAGUCCAUGGUGAUUACAUUCAAGCUUGUAUAGAAACUUUUAUAAGGCAGAAUGAAAACAGAUAAAUAAAAGCUAGCUUUUUACUCUGGCGUAGCUUAACCUUGGUCAUAAUGUUGUAAAUGUCUCCAGCAGUUACGACCAUGCAGCAGUCUGGUACCGCGCCCCUUACCACUCACUCAACAACCACCACCAAAGAUCCUUGGGCAGUGGUUCCUAAACUUUUUCUGAGCAAGUACAGUCCCCUCGCACCACCUAUUGCUUUGCCGAUGAGAGAGAGAGAGAGAGAGAGAGAGAGAGAGAGAGAGAGAGAGAGAUUAUCUGAAAUUAUUGAAGGAGUGAAGAUAAUAGCUUAGUUUUUAUCCCACAAUUCUUGCAAUAUCAAAACCAUGCAACUCUGAAGGCCAACUAUGAAAGAAUAAUAAUGACAAUAAUGAUGAUAGAAUGGUAGUAGUAGUAGUAGUAGUAGUAGUAGUAGUAGUAGUAGUAGUAGUAGUAAAGUAGUAGGGGAAGGUGAGGUAAGACGGACCCAUGGGGUAAGACGGAACCCUCUUCUAAAUCCAAGCAUAAAGGGUGAGUUUCAAAAUUUUUCUCUUAGAUGGCCUUCACGUCGCCCAACAAUGACAUCAUCACUACCAGUAGGCACGCUUCCCUUGCGCUUCAGAGGGAAAUAUUUGUCAUUUUAUGCAGUGCUGAUGUUAUACGCACAAGGUAUAAGACACUGAUGGUUUUAUACUGAAAUAAUUAUAAUGAUUUAGUACUUAUAUAUAUGUUAUACAUGCCCAUGAGUGUAUACAUGAUAUAUAGAUGACAUAAAUUGGCAUAACAAACAUAGAUACUUUGGUAAACAUUUCGACAUUUUAAUGUUUACUAAUGGGGUAAGAUGGACCCCAUGAGAGGGGAAAGGUGGGUUUCUUCUGCUAAUUGCAAAAGCUGGACUCAUGAACAAUGUGGAGGGAUAGAUGAUGAUGAUGAUGAUGCUGAGGAAGAGGUUUUUGUGUGUGAUUUAUGUCAUUAAGUUGUGCAGGGAUAUAGAUGAUAAUUAGGGAGAGAUUUUUUUUUUUUUCAUUAUUUGUACCAAUAAAUUUGGCUCAUGAGCAAUGUGAAGGGUUAUGACGUUAUGACGAUGACGAGGAAGUUUUUCAUCUGUACUUUAUGCCAAUAAGGAUUUGUUUCUUCAUUGCUGGAUAAAAUGGAACCCUGGGGGUCCGUCUUACCCCAUAAUUUUAUUUUUUGACACAAGAAAAAUAAUAAUUUUGUAAAUUUU